UUGCUGGCACCCCCUCUUCUCCUUUCUUUUCCGAUUCCUUCUCCAGACUCGAACAAUCACUCCUACCAUAUUUUCAGAAAACUAUAGCAAUCAUGAGCCUUCAACCACCAUCUCUCGCUUCCAGGCCUAAGGGGGGGAUUGCCCCCUCCACCAAAGCCGUUAUUUUGGUCGGUGGACCUUCGCGCGGAACACGAUUCAGGCCAUUGUCUAUGGAAUUGCCCAAGCCGCUGUUCCCUGUCGCCGGACAUCCAAUCAUCGAGCAUUGCUUCCGUGCCAUUUCUAAGGUCCCAGAGAUCAAGGAAGUCUUCAUCGUCGGUUACUACGAGGAGAGCGUCUUCCAGCCCUUCAUCAACACCGUAUCGAACUCAUUCCCUCAGUUGAGCGUUAAGUACCUCCGAGAAUACCAGGCCCUGGGCACCGCCGGCGGGCUCUACCACUUCCGCGAUGUGAUCUUGAAGGGAAAGCCAGACAGGUUCUUCGUCUUGAACGCUGACGUCUGCUGCUCGUUCCCUCUCAACGACAUGCUCAAGCUUUACGAGGACAAGGAUGCGGAGGCUGUUAUGUUGGGAACGAGGGUCUCCAACGAGUCGUCUACAAACUUCGGUUGCAUCGUGUCCGAUGCCCACACCAAGCGUGUUCUCCAUUACGUAGAGAAGCCCGAGUCGCAAAUCUCUAACCUCAUCAACUGUGGUGUCUACCUCUUCUCGACAGAGACCAUUUUCCCUGCCAUUCGCAGCGCCAUCAAGCGCCGUACCGAGCGUCCCAGAUUACUUUCAUACCCCUCCUCUGAGAACCUCGAGUCGUCUUUCUACCAAGGACAGGAUGAUGACGAUGAGGAUAAGGAGAACGCUGUCAUCCGUUUGGAGCAGGAUGUUUUGUCAGACAUUGCCGACAGCAGGCAAUUCUUCGUCCUCGAGACCAAGGACUUCUGGCGCCAGAUCAAGACUGCUGGUUCCGCGGUGCCAGCAAAUGCCUUGUACCUUCUCAAGGCCUUCCAGUCCCAUCCCGAGGAGCUUGCUACCCCGUCUGCCAACAUCAUUCCUCCCGUCUACAUCCACCCCUCAGCCCAGAUCGACCCCACCGCUAAGCUCGGACCCAAUGUUUCCAUUGGCGCCCGCGUGCACAUUGGCGCUGGUGUACGUGUCAAGGAGUCCAUCGUUCUCGAGGACUCGGAGAUCAAGCACGAUGCUUGCGUCAUGUACACAAUUGUUGGCUGGCACAGCAAGAUUGGCGCAUGGGCUCGUGUCGAGGGAACCCCAACUCCCGUCACCACCCACAGCACUAGCAUCAUCAAGAACGGUGUGAAGGUGCAGAGCAUCACCAUUCUCGGCAAGGACUGCGGAGUCGGUGAUGAGGUCCGCGUGCAGAACUGCGUCUGCCUUCCCUACAAGGAGUUGAAGAGGGAUGUGGCCAACGAGGUCAUUAUGUAAAAGGAGUAUUGGGAUCACUUAACACGGCGACGGUUCGCCUGAUUUAAAUGAUUUGAUGUCAGUAAUGAUAUGGUGGAUUCCCCCUCCAAGUAUUGCAUAGCGAAAAUAGAUUAGAAUUUCGCCCAGUGCGCGCUUUGCAAACUCGAUACAGUGUCUGAUGUGCAUGACAAUCUUCCGAGUCAACCUCCAGUGUAUGUCUUUCAUAACUACGUCCAUUCCCCUGACAUGGAGAACAAAACGUACAAGAACGUCGGCAGAGGAGGGGAUAGUGCGUCGCCUAGUCCAGAUAAGGUAAAAAAGCGC